AUGAUGAAGGAGAAUGAUAAACAGGGUAGGUUAAAGAAAUUGCUCGAUGAGCUCGGGGAUAAGACAGCCAUCGUAUUUGUUAACACAAAGAAGGUUGCUGAUAAUGUAGCAAAAAAUUUAGAUAAGGAGGGCUAUCGUGUGACCACAAUGCAUGGGGAAAAGUCGCAAAAGCAGCGAAAAAUGAGCCUCGAAGGAUUUAGGACUAGGAGAUUUAAUGUUUUGGUUGCCACUGAUGUAGCUGGUCGUGGGAAGACAGGUGUUGCCACCACAUUCUUGACUUUGCAUGAUACUGAUUUAGAGCUGACUUCGGUGGAGUUCAUAGGAACAUGUAGCAGUCCAAAUCUGUGUACACUUGCUUUUUCUUGA